AAUUACAGUUUUACAGCGGGGCGCAACAAUUGGCGCCAUUUGCGCGGCUUUGGCGCUUCCAUCGAAAAUAAUCGGAAGGAAAUGAAAACAGAAUACAGAAGAGAUCAACCUCCUGAGCUCCGGCGAGUGACGUCACCAGAAUCCGGCAAUCACCCCCGUCCGACGGCAUUGUAGAGGAAGACAGGGGCAAUGUAAAAUCACCGCCCGUCAAUGUCGGAAGAAUACAAAAUAUUGAUGCCACAAUAAUCAGAAGGGCGCCUCGUUAAUACAAUCGGAAUUCCCAGGAUAUUUUUUUUCUCGUACCGAUGGUCCAUCACAACCCGUUGAAUUUGAGGGGCGGCGAAUCCAUGAAUUUAGUGCUGGAAACCGCGCUCUCGUUCAAGAAUCUAGUUGGUCAAGACAUUGCAAAACCAGGACAAGAUAAUGCAGAUGUUAUUACAAAUGAAACGUAUUACACCGAUAAGCUAGCCUUAAUGUAUUCCCCACGCCCCGUAAGUGAGCUCGAUGCUGCUGCAGUGAAGCUGCAGAAAGUCUACAAGAGCUACCGGACUCGACGAAACCUCGCAGAUUGUGCUGUUGUCGUAGAGGAGCUAUGGUGGAAAGCCUUGGACUUUGCAGAACUAAAACUGAGCUCUGUGUCGUUUUUCAACGUCGAGAAACCAGAAACUGCCGUUUCAAAGUGGGCAAGAGCACGGACCAGAGCAGCCAAGGUCGGAAAAGGAUUGUCCAAGGAUGAAAAGGCUCAAAAACUGGCUCUGCAGCACUGGCUGGAAGCAAUCGAUCCACGUCAUCGAUAUGGGCACAACUUACAUCUCUAUUACGAUGUUUGGUUCGCAAGUGAAAGUGCACAACCUUUCUUUUACUGGCUGGAUAUUGGAGAUGGAAAAGAAGUGAAUCUCGAGAAAUGCGCGAGGACCAAACUGCAACGUCAAUGCAUCAAAUAUCUCGGACCCAAAGAGAGAGAAUCAUUCGAAGUGGUUAUCGAAAACGGGAAGCUUGUGUACAAAGAAAGCGGUUUCUUUGUGGAGACAAUCGAGGGCUCGAAAUGGAUAUUUGUUCUUAGCACAAUGAGAACUCUGUACAUAGGACAGAAGCAAAAAGGAAUGUUCCAACACUCGAGUUUCCUAGCUGGCGGAGCAAUAACAGCCGCCGGAAGAUUGGUUGCUCAUGAGGGUGUUCUCGAGGCGAUUUGGCCUUACAGCGGUCACUAUCUCCCAACGGAAGAGAACUUCAAGGAGUUCAUUAGCUUCCUCGAGGAGCACUCCGUCGAUCUUGUAAACGUAAAGAGAUGUGCUGUGGACGAUGACCGCCCCCCUCUAAGCAAAAGCGCUAGCAAAAACGAAGCGGGGCCCGCUUUAUCGGAAGCUCACGUCAGCGCAGCCAGCGACGGAGGAGAUCGUAAUAAUGAUAAGUCAAUGUACAGCAGCUUCGCUAGACGUAUGUCAUGCAAGUGGAGCACGGGGGCCGGGCCCCGCAUAGGUUGCGUGAGAGAGUACCCGGCGGAGCUGCAGUUCCGAGCGCUGGAGCACGUGAACCUCUCCCCGAAAAUGCCUCCUUCUUCUUACGGUGGAUCUUACGGUAACUACGGCCCGAUUCCUUCUCCUCGGCCAAGCCCGAAUGUCCGUCUCUCUCCUCGUGUUUCUUACAUGGGGCUGCCUAGUCCGAGGACCCAAAUCUCCACUGCCAACUCAGCUUGAGUGGGGCCCCAUUGCUAAUAAUAACUCAAAAUUCUUCAUUCUUUUAUUCAAUUCAAUAGAUUUCUUUCCUUUUUUUUUUUGUGGACAUGGUUUUUUAGUAAUUGUAAAGAGAUGAAGAGUCAGUAGUAUUCCAUAUUUGACUUUUGUUAUUGAUUUUAAUUUAUGAAAGCUGUCAAUAGUAUUCAA